CAUGUGAUGAAGGACGCUCCGGAGCCAGUGCCCAGGAUGCAGCCAGCCAUGAUGAUGUUCUCCAGCAAGUACUGGGCCAGGCGGGGGCUUUCCCUGGACUCAGCCAUGUUCGACCACCAGCAGCAACGCCACACCGGGGGCCAAAUGUCAAGACGGCCAUCUUUCUGUCCCAUAAAUGAGAAGCCAGACAAAGAGAGUGGCGAGGAGUCUGGCAAGACAGCUGUGGUUUUCUCUCUGAAGAAUGAGGUUGGCUGCCUGGUCAAAGCCCUGCGCCUUUUUCAGGAGAGGCGAGUCAAUCUGAACCAUAUUGAGUCUCGGAUGUCCAAACGCAUUGCCAACAAGGUGGAGAUCUACGCCGACUGCAGCUGCAGUAAAAAGGAGUUCAAUGAGCUACUGCAGCAUCUCAAAGAUCACGUCAACAUCAUCUCCUUCAACACGCCUGCGCACGUCUGGUCUGCAGAAGCAGAUGGAGAAGAUGUUCCGUGGUUCCCGAUGAAAAUCUCGGAGUUAGAUCAGUGCUCUCACAGAGUGCUGAUGUACGGAUCAGAACUGGAUGCCGAUCAUCCCGGCUUUAAAGAUAACGUUUAUCGCCAGCGCAGGAAAUACUUUGUAGAAGUGGCUAUGAAUUAUAAAUUUGGGCAGCCCAUCCCUCAUAUCGAGUACACCCCAGAGGAGAUCAGGACUUGGGGCGUGGUGUUCAGGGAGCUGACCAAGCUGUACCCCACCCACGCCUGCCGGGAAUACCUCAAAAAUCUCCCACUCCUAACCAAGCACUGUGGCUACCGGGAGGACAACAUUCCACAACUGGAGGACGUCUCCCUGUUCCUGAGAGAGAGGUCUGGUUUCACGGUGCGGCCCGUAGCAGGAUACCUGUCUCCCAGGGAUUUCCUGGCCGGUUUGGCCUACAGAGUGUUUAACUGCACUCAGUAUGUCCGCCACAGCACCGACCCACUCUACACACCUGAACCUGACACUUGUCAUGAGCUGCUGGGCCACGUGCCACUUCUAGCUGAUCCAAAGUUUGCCCAGUUCUCCCAGGAAAUCGGCCUGGCAUCUCUUGGAGCCUCUGAUGAGGAUGUACAAAAACUGGCAACAUGCUAUUUCUUCACUAUUGAGUUCGGCCUAUGUAAACAGGACGGUCAGCUCAGAGCUUAUGGGGCCGGUUUACUUUCUUCUAUCGGGGAACUGAGGCAUGCCUUGUCUGAUAAGGCCUGCGUGAAGAUGUUUGACCCGCGGACGACCUGCCAUCAGGAGUGUCUCAUCACCACCUUCCAAGAGGUCUACUUUGUCUCUGAGAGCUUUGAGGAGGCCAAGGAGAAGAUGCGGGAGUUUGCCAAGACGAUAAAGAGACCAUUCUCUGUGUAUUACAACCCUUACACCCAGAGUAUCGACCUCCUCAAAGACACCAGGAGCAUCGAGAACGUGGUGCAGGACCUCCGCAGCGACCUCACCACCGUGUGUGACGCCCUGGGCAAGAUGAACACUUACCUUGGCAUAUAAAGUUGGGUGGAGCUGACAUGCAAUGUCUCGUAUUCAGUCGGAGCUCCGAGAGUGGUCUAAAACAUUGUUAAUGCUUCUGCAGCAGAUCUGAGUGGUCAUUGCAACUGUGUUCAUUCGCUUAUCUGAGCUAACGUUACAUUCAAACAAGAGGGAAACAGCAUUUGUAAAUAACACAUCAGCAAAGUAUUCUAAGAUAUAUAUCAUGAAAGUGACAAAAAUAUCUAUUUUUCACAUGAUGAACAUGUUGCAUAAUUUUUGAGCACAGCUAGUUAGUUUUAGCCUGUUCUGACUAUUACAUGAAUGAUAAAUACAAAAGUUUGGCUUAGAAUUCUUUCAUUAAAGGUGCUGUGCCUACCAUUUUGAACAUUACCAUAUUAUUGCUAAAAUGAUAGUGCUACCUUCAGUUCAUUGCUGUAAACAAA